AUGCCCUGGUCUUGUGAACUUUUGAUUACACACCUUACAAGAUCUCGAGAAAUGGCCGCUGCGUCUCUUCCUUUGGUCGAAAAGUCUUUCUUGAGAGGUAAAUGGGAUGCUCAAAUAUCAGAAACAACAGCGCCCGCAACAGAUCUUGCAAAACUUGUCGUGGAAUGUCGCUUUCGGGACGCGCUCACAUCUUCGCAGGCUCGCACACUUUUUCGACCAAUCUCUCGCGACUUGGAUCUUCCAUUCAAAGGUUUACUGGAUCUAUCAAUACAUCCUGGCUCCGACUCCCUCGAACAGGAGCUAGUGCGGUUAACACUAGCCAUUGCCUGUUUGCACGCAUUCGUGCAAGCCAACUGGACAGGCCCUGACCUGGGUAUUCGUCCUCUGGAUCUUCUGACGGGCGAUUCCGAUGGAACAAGUUCAUGGACAGAAGAAUCACUCCACGCGAAAGCUAUCACAGAACUAGCCUAUGGCGGCGAGCCCGCAUACCACCUUGUGAAAGACCCUGCUUUUCUGAGAUUGUCGCAGCUUCUCGUGGGGUUGACGUACAACCACAUCCAAUCGAUAUCGUGGUGGAGACUCCGCGUGGCCAAAGUCCAUCAGCAAAUCCUCGAUGAACCUGUAAUAACGCCCGAAGACUUCCGGGCGUUGCUCGAACCAUUGGGUUCCACACUAGCAAGCGAGCCUGAUCUCGCUGGACGGCUGCACUUGGAGCUUGGGCUCCUCGAACACCACUUUUCGCAAGAUAAAUUGGCAAAGGAAGACUUUAUCAAAGCCGCAAGAUCGACGGGUCUGGAAUACGAACUCACCGGAGCCCUCGGGAAGCGGACGAAGUUCCAGGUGAACGAGCUCAGCCAGCUCGUUCUGCUGGCCGAGAGUCAAUUGAAGGACGAUGAUUCGGCGGGAGAAGCGUCCAACAACAUCAAGCAGGAUGAAUCAUCCCAAACGCCCGAUGCUCGCGCAGGGCCAGACACGACCGACGCCAACGUUCCGGAGACGAUGGCCCUCAACGACGACACGCUGCUGGAGCAAACAGAGUUCACAUCGUCGCAUCCUGCAGGGUCGAGCUCGCGUCUGAGUCACAUCGACCCUUCGUCGCAGCCGCCCCUCCACCCGCUCGACCAGUGCAUCCUCCUAUCGCUCUGCCUGAAUGUGCGGAACACGUCCCCCGCACACGGGCUCACCGCCGAGCAGAUGGCGCCGUACGUCGCGCGUGUGAUCUCCCACCCGCGGAACUGGUCGGUGCACACGAUGGCACUGCUCCUCCGCUCGCGCCUCGAGUCGUCCCGCACGCGCACCGUAGAGCGCUCCACCUUCCAACUACAAGCACUAAUAGACCAGAUGCCCACCGCCGACUCAGCCCCCUCCGAGCGCCUGCUCUACUUCCACUCCAUCCCCCUUCCCAGCCGGUGGGAGAUGGAAAAAGAACUCGCACAGCGGUUCCUCAGCCUGGGGGUGAUCAAGUCCGCACUGGAGAUAUUCGAGCGGAUGGAGAUGUGGGAGGAGGUCGUCAAGUGCUAUGGGGCGCUGGAGAAGCCGGAGCGGGGCAUCACGAUCGUGCGCGACCUGCUCGAGGGGCGCAAGGCCGAAGCGGACGCGGUCGUCGCGCGGGGAAAGGUGGGCACGUCGACGCGCCGCAGGGCCCUUGAGGACGGCACCCGGCACGCAAAGUUCUGGUGUCUCCUCGGCGACCUCGAGCCCGCAAACGCUCAGGCCCACUACGAGAAAGCGUGGACGCUCUCCGGGGAGACGUCCGGGCGCGCGGUGCGCUCCUUGGGCGGGUGGUACUUCGCCCGCGGGAAGUACAGGGAGGCGAUCGGGUGCCUUGAGAAAGCGGUGAAGAUCAACCCUUUGCUGACGCGCUCGUGGUUCAUCCUCGGGUGCGCGUUCAUGCGUGUGGAGGACUGGGAGGGCGCGAAGAACGCGUUCGGGCGCUGUGUGGCGAUCGAUGAGGAGGAUGGGGAGAGUUGGAACAACCUCGCGAGCAUGUACCUCCGGAUAGGGGGGCGGAAAACGAUAGCUCUAGAGGAGAAGGACGUAUCUGUGGUUCCCUAUCCCAAAUCCACCCCCGACGACGGUGCCCUCCCCACACCCGGCAUCUCCUUCGAGAACAAGCUUCUCGCGUUCCGAGCGCUUAAGCAAGGUCUCCGGUUCAGCUACGAGAACUGGCGCAUGUGGUACAAUUACAUGAUCGUCGCCAUGGACGUCGGGGAGCUGCAGGAGUCCUGCCGGGCCCUAAGCAGGAUCGUAGAGCAGACGGGGGACAAGGCGGGCGCGCUGGCCGUCGAUGAGGACGUGCUGGAUAGGCUGGUGGACGCUGUCACGCGGGCGCCUGCGAAGGCGGAGGAUGCGGCUGCCGAAGCGCCCCCAGACGGAAGUGGAAGUGGAAAUAGGAGUGUGGUGCACAACCCGAACGAGGGCCAUGGGCUGUACAGGCCCGUCCGCCAGCUCUUCGAGCACACGCUCCUCCCGCGCCUCUCAACGCCACGGAUAUUCCGGUCCUACGCCCGGCUGCUCUCCUGGCAGGGCGAGUGGGCGGACGCCCUCAAAGCCUACCUCGACGCGUACCGUGCCGGGCCCGCCUCUACCCUCACCCUCACCUCCUCCACCACCCUCUCAGCCGAGUCCAACCUGGAGAAAUUCCGCGAAGCCGUCGCCGAGGUACACGAGAUCGUCGACGUCCUGCGCAACUUUGGGCCGCGCGUGGAAGGGUACAAGUGGCGCUUCCAGGCGCGGAGCGUGGUUAGGGCGUUCGUGGGCCGUGCGAAGGAGUUUGAGGACGAGCCGGAGUGGGCUGGGUUGGUUGAGCUGCUGGAGGAACUGAAGGGUAAGGACACGGAUUGA